AUGGAAGUCCACCCGCCCAAGAGAAUUUUGCUCGUGGUGACAACAGGAGGAUAUACGCACGCAGCGCCUGUCCUUGAAUUAGGCAAAGUGCUGGCUGAUCGGGGCCACGCCGUAGAAUUUGCAACACUGGACGGUCAAGAAAAAUGGACCAAAGGCUAUGAAUUCAUCUCCCGCGUCUAUUCACUGGGCCCUGGCCCUACUGAGAAGCAAAUGGACGCCCAUUAUCUCCGUAUGCGCGAAUGGGACAUGUCCAAGGGCCUUGGAAAUUCCAUGAUCUCCAAGUAUAUGUUUGAUUCUUUUUGGCCAAUGACCUAUCAUGGGUUAACAAAGAUCAUGGACCAAGCUCCAGCGGCACGACCUGAUAUGGUGAUCGGAGACUUCUUCGUCGAUGCGGUCAAGGAUAUCCACGUGCAGUAUCACGUCCCGAUUGCCAUGGUUUGGCCUCAAAUGCCCAUGCUGAUGAUGCCGUGUUCCUAUAUCCCAGGUCAGCCGGGAUUCCAGCUUGACGGGACACUCACAUCAGAGAACGCUUCCAUGUGGUUACGCUUCAAAAACGAAUGGGUUAUAGUCCGUGCCCUCCCUCACAUCCUCAAGUUCUUUGGGUGGACGAGAAGAAUGCGACGUAAGGAGGGCGUGAACUAUGAUCUGCCGACUCCCUCAAAACCUGACUAUCUACUCUUCAUCAACUCAUUCUUUGGCCUGGAGAUCCCCAAGGACCUUCCACCCCUCUGCGAGGCCAUCGGCCCCAUCCUAAGCGACGAAUAUCCACCACUGGAUACUGUCUGCCAGACUUUUCUCAGCAGCCAUAGCAAGGUCAUGUACAUCGCGCUGGGGACUCAUAUCAUUCUGUCCAGCUCUGAUACCAUCAAGAUCACGACUGGUAUACUUCGGCUCCUAGAAGAAGGGUUGAUUGAUGGUGUAAUCUGGGCAGUGGGCAAGAGUGGGCGCCAAGACAUGGACAUGAACCGGACAUACGAAUUGCAAGGAAAGACUGUACGGUUUGGUGAUCUCGUUGAAGGAAAGCACUCGCAAUUCUACUUCCCAUUCUUCGCCCCACAGCGUGCAAUCCUUGAUCGCGACUCGGUGAAUAUCUACUACACCCACGGAGGUGGAUCCAGCGCCAACGAAGGCUUGUUCCAUGGAAAGCCCAUGCUGUCAAUGGGCAUCUUCUCCGACCAGAUUGCAAACACAGCACGCCUUGUCGGGGGCGGCGUCGCCGAGUCGCUCAAUAAAUUCCACUUCACGUCCGAAGAACUAUAUACAAAGGCGAAAAAGAUUAUUGAGGAUAAGGAUGGUCUAUUCAAGCGGAAUGUUUUGAGGCUCAAACGCAUUGCUCAUAUUGCGUCACGGCGGAAACAUCAUGGCGCGGAUCUCAUCGAGGAGCUCAUGUAUGACACAGAGCUGCGCUAUCAAGACGGCAAAGAGAUACGUCCGAUGCAUCUACAGACAGCAGAUAUGCGGAUGCCAUUGUAUAAGGCUAGAAAUUGGGAUCUUAUGGCAGUGGGAGCAGUCACCAUCCUCGGGGUGACGGGGGCGAGUCUCACACUGGGAAAAUUGGGAUGGACGCACAGUGGAGAUUUCUUCCACUACCUACAUUCUAUCUGGAGAAAAUAG